UAGUGUAACAGGAGUCUACAAGUGUUUGAUUGCUCUCAGCAUCAUGGCCAAGGAAAGUGUUGACUCUGGACUCACAUGGGAGGUGAGGGCAAACAGCCGCCAUUACCACAAACCCAAACAGAAGAGAUCUUUUCUGUGCUUCUGCUGGGGGAAAUAUGCGGACAAUGUGCUGUGCAGCCACAAGUACUCCCCCCUGACUUUUCUGCCUCUAACGCUGUUCGAACAGUUCCAGCGAGUGGCCAAUCUCUACUUUCUCCUCAUGGUGGUGCUGCAGAGUGUCCCUGCCAUCUCAUCCAUACCAUGGUACAUCACCAUCUUCCCACUGCUCACUGUACUCACUGUGAGAGGGCUGAAGGACCUCGCCGCUGACAUUGCAAGGAGACGCGCUGAUGCAAAGAUUAACUCCCAACCCUGUGACAUACUGAUCUCCCAGAGUUUCAGCACAGUACAGUGGAAGGACGUGUGUGUGGGUGAUAUACUGCGGGUCCACAAAGACCAAGUCAUCCCUGCAGACCUUCUUCUCCUGUGUAGUUCAGAGCCUCACAGUCUCUGUUAUGUGGAAACAGCCGACAUUGAUGGAGAGACCAACCUCAAGUACCGGCAGGCGCUCAAUUAUACACAUGCUGAGCUGACCUCUCACCCCUUGGAGGAGACCCUUGCUGCCUUUGAUGGUGUUGUGCUGUGUGAGGAGCCCAACAAUCGCCUGUACACCUUCAGAGGCCAGCUGCACUGGAAGGGAGAGUGUUAUCCGCUAGACAGCGAGCACAUCCUCCUGAGGGGAACCGUCCUACGCAACACAGAGUUUGCCUAUGGCUUGGCCAUAUACACUGGUGCGGACAGUAAAAUCCUGAAGAACUGUGGGAAACUGAGGGUGAAAAUGACUCGGACGGAAAAGGUUUUCAACAAAGUGGUGAUGGUGAUUAUCCUGAGUGUGCUGCUUGUAGCGUUGCUUCUUGCUCUUGGCUGUGGUGUGUUUUCGAGUCAGGUCAUGAGCCGCAUUGAGGUUUUGUCUGCUCUGGUGGUUAACGGCAAUCCAGCCUACACCGCAUUCCUUAUUUUUUGGAGCUACAUCAUCCUGUUCAGCCCCGCCAUGCCCAUAGCCCUCUAUAUCACGUUUGAGGUGGUCCACACGAUACACAGCCUGUUUAUUGGCUGGGAUAUAGAGAUGUAUUGGCAGCAGAGAGACAGACCAGCCCAGGCCAGGAACACCUCACUGAGUGAAGAGCUCGGCCAAGUUGGAUACCUGCUGAGUGAUAAAACUGGGACACUAACACAGAAUCAUUUACUCUUCAGACAGUGCUGCAUAGAUGGGGAGAUCUAUGGUGAUGCAUCAGUCAGAACAGAGGAUAUUGAGCCCAUGGACUUGAGCUGGAAUCCGUUCUCCCGUGGAGGUCUGUUCAUGUCAGCUCCCAGCCUGGUGAAGAAACUCAGAGAGCAGCAGUGCCCACUCAGCAGACAGUUUCUCACAGCACUGUGCUUGUGUCACACUGUCAUGGCACAGUGGAAGGAAGAGGCUCUAGUUUACCAGGCAGCAUCCCCAGAUGAGGAGGCUCUUGUUGGUGCAGCCAGGGAGCUGGGCUGGGUUUUCCUUGCUAGGACAAGAGACUUUAUCGUCAUCUCUGAGCUGGGCGUUACUCGGCAAUAUCAGCUUCUGGCACUGCUGGACUUUACCAGCAAGAGGAGAUGCAUGUCUGUACUGGUUCGGGAGCCAGAGGGUGGGAUAAAGCUGUACUGUAAAGGGGCGGACAUAGUGAUCCUGGAGAGGCUGCAGACAGACUUUGCACAUCAGGAAAAGACAGAAAGAGCCCUUGAGCUUUUUGCCCAGGCCUGUCUGAGGACUUUGUGUGUUGCGGUUCGAUCUGUUUCUGAGGCAUCAUGGGAGCAGUGGAGAAAAACUCUGGCCCAGUCAGCUGUUAUGCCAACCUGCGACCGUGACACACUACUAGAAAAGCUGUAUGAUCAGAUGGAGCAAGAGCUACAGCUUCUAGGGGUGACAGCAAUAGAGGAUCGGCUUCAGGAGGGUGUACCAGAGACUAUUGCUCUGCUUCAACAGGCUGGGAUUAAACUAUGGGUCUUGACUGGGGACAAAAAAGAGACUGCAGUAAAUAUUGGAUAUUCUUGCAAACUACUAGAUCCUGAUACCAGAUUACUGGAAUGGCAGGAGCUGAGACAGAUACUCCAGUCCCCAGACCCUGGGGUCAGUUUCUUCAAGGCCAGACAGACGGAUCUGUGGGCUGUAGACACGGGGAUGUCUGGAGCAAAGACCGCUGUGGUCCUCACUGGACUUGAGCUGGCAGAGUUCGACCAGAGACCAGAAUGGGGUGCCAUAUUCAUGAAUCUGGCACAACAGUGUCAGUCGGUGCUGUGCUGCCGUGUAACACCUGGACAGAAGGCUGAUAUUGUUACACUGGUCAGGAAACACACCAGCUCGAUCACCUUGUGCAUUGGUGAUGGUGCCAACGAUGUGAACAUGAUCAAAACGGCUCAUGUUGGUGUGGGACUGGCAGGGGUGGAGGGAGGUCAGGCAGUGCAGAACGCAGACUUUGCAUUGUCCCAGUUCAGAUUUCUGCAAAGACUGCUACUGGUUCAUGGGCGCUGGUCAUACCAGCGCAUUUCCAUCUUCCUGUGCUACUUCCUGUAUAAGACCUGUAGCUUUGCUCUUGUGCACAUAUGGUUUGGGUUCUUCAAUGGCUUUAGUUCUCAGUCUCUCUAUGAGACGUGGUUCAUCGCUUUAUACACUGUCUUCUACACAUCAUACCCAGUUAUGUGCAUGGCCGUCUUUGAGCAGGAUGUUAGUGCAGAAAGCAGCCUGAAAUGGCCCAAGCUGUACAUGUCUGGACAAAGACAGGAGCUCUCCAGCCCUUUGAUGCUAUUCCUGUCACUCCUGUAUGCUGUCUACACAUCACUUGUUCUCUUCUUCAUCCCUUUUGGAGUUUUCUACAACACAGCCUAUGACUACCAGACCAUGGCUGUUACUGUUGCCCUGUCAGUCGUGCUAACUGCCACAGCUGAGAUUACGCUGCGAACUAGAUACUGGACGAAGUUCAAUAUUGCUGCUGUGUGCGUCUCUGUGGUGUUGUUCUUCAUCUGUACCAGGAUCACCCACAACGUCCACCUGUUUAAGAGAUCACCCGUUGACUAUAACUUUUUUGGUGCGUCUGAUCAGGCCUUUGUCGAACCAGUUGUGUGGCUCACAGCUCUACUCACUGUCUGGGUGGCUAUUUUACCCUCAGUGACUGCCCACGCCCUCAUUGUCAUCCUCACCAUCCAUGACAAACGCAAGGUCCACAGCAUGUCCCAUCAGUCGGUGGAGCUGAGGUCAAAAUUCAGAAGGGGCACGUCUCUCCGCCGUUCCUCCUACGCUGUCUCUCAGGGUGCUGGGCCUGGACGCUUCAUCACCUCAGCAUCCAGCACCCGCAGCAAAGUUCCACUGGUGGAUGAGAAGGUGACUGCACGAACUAAUCCCCCUGACUCACAAGACCCAGUUCUCAAAAAGGACACUGCACCAAAUUGCACUUAA